GGUGUGGAGAGAGACUGGGUACUUGCAGUAUCACCGUGUAACUCAGACCGCCUUUGAAAUCGACAUGGCGCCUUAUACAGCUCCUCAGUUUCAGCCCGGGCUAUACUUUCUCCUAUCAACCGCGGUGGCGAUCUCUUCUGCUUUUAACAUCGAUGUGAAGUUCCCGAUCAUUAAACAGGGACCACCCGGCAGCUACUUCGGAUAUUCGGUGGCUUUACACCGACAACUGAAAGAUCAGGAUCGCUACCUAUUGCUAGUUGGAGCUCCACAGGCAGAAGGUAUGCCAGGUCAACUGGCAAAUCGCACAGGAGCCUUGUUCUACUGUACUGCAUCGCCAACUCCCAACAACUGUAAACGUGCCAAGUUUGAGAAACCAACUGAUCCACAAACUGAAAGUAAGGAGGACCAGUGGCUUGGAGUCACCGUGGCAAGUCAAGGGCCUGGUGGGAAGGUGGUGGUUUGUGCACAUCGUUAUGAGAAGAGACAACUGACGCAACAGGAUGAGAAGAGAAUUUUAGUGGGUCGCUGUUUUAUUUUGAGUGACAACAUCGCCAUCAAUCCAGAUGAUGACUGGGACACUUCGCCAGCGCAAUUCUGUGAAAAUGUAGGGGAUGAUCACCAGGGACUGCUUAUGUGCCAGCAGGGCAUGGCUGCGGGAUUCACGCACCCUAAUCAUUAUGCAUAUUAUGGAGCACCAGGUGGCUGGAACUGGCAAGGAACUGUCCAAGUCUCACAAAAGAAUAUCACAUUUCUCGAUCUCAAUAUACUGUCUGAUGGUCCUUACAUACUGAAAGAAACAGGAAAGACUCACAGCUACAUAGGAUACUCGCUUACUGCUGGACAGAGAGUCACACAUCCCAGGCAGUUCAGCUAUGUGGCAGGAGGCCCGCGCCAUAAUCACACAGGAGCAGUGUUUGUUCUCAGACAGAGCACAGAUGAUGAAUUAGCUAUCGAGCACACUAUAAUGGGAAGUCAAACAGGGUCUUACUUUGGGAGUUCAGUGGCUAUUGCUGAUCUUAAUAAUGAUAGUUGGCAAGACAUAAUUGUCGGAGCUCCUCACUACUUCGAUCAGAAGAAGGAGAUCAGUGGGGCUGUGUAUAUUUACAUGAAUGAGGCAGGACAGUUCUCAGAGGAACCCAACCUGGUAUUAAAUGGCUCAAAGGAUUCCAUGUUCGGUUAUGCCAUCAGCACUAUUGGAGACGUUAAUCAAGAUGGAUUUCAAGAUAUUGCCAUUGGAGCUCCAUAUGAUGGUUUUGGCAAAGUUUUCAUAUACCACGGCAGCAAGGAUGGACUGAAUCCUGAACCUAGUCAGGUCAUCAGUGGAGCAGGUCUGGAGAAAACUGACCCAAUCAAUACAUUUGGCUAUUCAAUCAGUGGAGGACUUGAUGUUGAUAGGAAUGAUUACCCUGACAUUCUAAUUGGAACAUUAUCCGACAGAGUCAUUUUACUGAGAUCUCGGCCAGUUGUUAAUAUUAGUAAAAAUUUCACUGUGCACCCAAGCAUCAUUGAUCCCAGCACCUGCACUAUUAAGUCCUGUGUCACAGUGACAGUUUGCUUCUCAUACAUCGUGAGCACAGGAAAUAGAAAGUACAAUCGCAGUAUAGGUCUUAAAUAUACUUUGGAGGUCGAAAAAGAGAGGCGCUCUUCUCCACGUGUUAAAUUUGUUAAGACAAACAGUGCCAUUUAUAAUGGCAUUUUAAUCAUGCCACAAACCAAAUGCCAGAGUGUCCAGCUAGGGUUGAUGGACAACGUGGAGGAUAAGCUUCAACCUAUUUCGGUCGCUCUAAAUUAUUCUAUUGACAAUAACAGUGAAGCUAGAGGAAGAAAGGCUGAAAUGAAUAAUUAUCCCAUUUUGAAUGUAUUGCAAGACCAUACUGGCCUGGAAGAGAUACAUAUUCAGAAGGAAUGUGGCGAUGACCGCACAUGCAACAGCAACCUCCAAAUGAAACAUGCAUUUGGCAGAUUGGGGAACAAUGAGGUUUUCCAUCCCAUAAGAAGAAAAAAGGGCAAGCAAAUCUUGGACUUUGAUCCUCAAUCCAACCCAUAUUCCAAUAAGCUUGUGUUGCAAGUGAAUGUUACAAAUUUCCCAACAAAUGCCAAUAAUGGCGAAGAUGCUCACCAGGCCAGGCUCAACAUCACCCUACCUGAUACAUUGACAUAUGUUGGUAUUCGUGCAGAAUUAGUCAGGUGCGAUCCUGCAGAUCGUUACACCGUGAUUUGUGAAUUGGGAAAUCCUUUCAAGAAGAAUCAGAUGGCUACGCUCAACGUAAUUCUAGAAGUAACUGGAAUUACUCUUAACACAAGAGAGAUUGAUGUGGAACUCCAACUUCAAACAGAAAGUACACAAAGUGACUUGAACCCAGUUUUAGCAUCAGUAUCUGUGGAAAUUCAGCUACAAGUUAGCCUUUCUGUGGAAAAGAAAAUACAGCAAACCUACUUCAGUGGUACUGUCAUCGGUGAGAGUGCAAUCAAGACGUUUGAAGCUAUAGGAAGUCCUGCAGACUUCACUUUUGAGGUGACGAACCAUGGAGAGCCUUUGGGCGACUUAGGAACUCUGUACCUCAGUUUUUUGUGGCCAUAUGAAAUCAAUAAUGGGAAGUGGUUGCUGUAUCUCACUGAAAUUGAAAUGAAUGGGACAGAAAACCAGUACUGCGUACCAGCAGGGAACAUUGUAAAUGAGCUGAAUUUAAAGAGGAAUAACCAUACAACACACCCACAAAGAAGAAAACGUGAAUUGAAACCUGCAGCUGCCAAGAAUUUAAAAAUACCGGGCGCACUGAAAAAGGGAAAAGGCGACUUGCAAUUAGAUUGUAACCAGAAAUACACAGCCCGGUGCAAGCAGUUCAAUUGUUUGCUACAUAACAUGACUCAAAAGGCUACAGUAACAUUGCGAGCACGUCUAUGGAACAGCACCUUCCUGGAGGAAUACAGGGACUACGAUCGGAUUGUUGUAGUGGUAGAGGCAUCCUUGCAUUUGAUGACAAACGUCACCACUAUCAAAAUGAAACAACCAGAUGUGACAACAUUGCUCUACGUUGAAUCCCAAGUUGAUGAUGAACCACCUUAUGAGAUACCAGAAUGGAUUAUUGCUGUAGCAGUGCUGGCAGGAAUCAUAUUAUUGAGUCUGAUAAUCCUUUUACUCUGGAAGUGUGGUUUCUUCAAGAGAGCGAACACACGAGCCAUGUAUGAAGCCAAAAAGCAAAAGGCUGAAAUCAAGAUUCAGCCUUCAGAAACUAAGCGGCUUACUGAUGGUGACUAAUGCUGGCCAACGUCGCUUCCUGCACUUUUUGUGUGGCUUCUUCAAGAGAACACGAUACUACAGGAGCAUGCCAAAGUAUCAUGCUGUGAAGAUCCGCAAAGAAGAGCGCUAUUUUAUCACAGAAGGUUUUACAAAAAAGAAAACACAGAAGAAGCAGUGGGUAACAAACUGGAAAGCUAAAGACAGUUACUAAUAUUUGCUUCUCCGUGAAUUUAAAGGGGCCACAUUGAUGAGACCACAUAUUUUUACGAUUAAGAGUACAAAGAACUGGACCAGUGUAUCAACAUUUCUGUUCACAUUAAUUUAGUUCUAUUUAUGAUAACUUGUGUUUCAGUCAAAUGCAAGAAUUUUUUAUGAGACAAAGUUUAUAAAGCACAGUAGGAACAGCUCUUGAUGCCAUUUGAAGUUGAUCUUUGAGCCAAGCAUAGUGCAGGAACUUAGUUUUCCUUAUGGAUGAGACUGUUAAGAAUUCAAUGCACUGAAAUAUUGGGGAGGAAAGGGGAUAAAAGUGCUUAAUGUUAAAUAUAUUGUUCAGUGAUAAUUUUAUUCUUAAAGGGUUAAAAUUUAAUUUAUUGUGUUAUAAAGGGAAGAAAGGUCCAUUUGAAAUGUAAUUGGAAGGUAGGGAGGUACUCUAAUUGAAAAUCAAUUGAAGGAUGUUCAGAAGAGUUGCUGCCAGCAGUAGUUGUGUAUGCGAAUAUGAUCCAAAUCAUAAGACAAAGAAGGCCAACACAUAUUGGAUAACUGGGAUUAUGUUUGUGCUGUUGCAUAUCCUUUUUCCUUUCCCAAGCUGAAUUUGCAAUAUAAUUGUUUACAUGAUUACAUCUUAAGCAUAAUGGUCAAGUGUAUGACCUUUCCCUCUGUGCCCUGUCUACUGACUAGCCAUUGCAGAUUGCAGUUUCUAAAAGUGUUUUAUUCUGUGAUACCAAUAUUCAAUUAUUAAAGGAAAAUGAGAAAUAGAAAGCUUUUUUUAAAAUCAAUCUAUAAAUUAAAUAUCAAGUUUUAGGUAUCCCUUUGAUAUCUAAUAAAAAAUGGUACUGUUUUCUUUAAAAUACAGUUUAUAUAUUAGCCGUAAGGGUGCCAAAUACCAUUUAUUUUUCCCAUUGUUGUCUAGAUAGCAUUGGGAAACAUUCAAAGUUUUCUUCUGUUGUUUAGGUAUUGAGUUUGAGGAGAUUGGAGAUCUGUUAUUUGUCAUCCUGAUUGCAACUUUGCUAGGCAAACAAGAAAGAUGAAGGAAAGUGUAAAUCAGAUAUCCACUCACUUUAGUUCUUUUUAUAAGAUGAGUAGAAUUACCUUUCAAAGAGCCUGAUUAUUUAAAAAUAACCUUAUACAAAAGCCAAGACUUUUGGCACGUAGUGAUUAGACAAAAGCCUUUCCUUUUAACUGGAUAACACAAUGGUAAUCCUCACUUCUGGGAAUUAUCAGCUAGAAAUAAAGCAUCCCAUACCAGUACUAUAUGUACAUUUUUGUUCAUAUUAGAUGGCAUUGAUGAAUAUAAUCUUGUAUGUAUAUGUGUGUUUGUAUAAAUAUAUACAUGCACACAAAUGAUGGAGACAGAAUAUGUGAUAGGAGAAAGCAUGUAGUCUACAUAGUUUAUUCAACAUAUAUAGCAUAGACUUACAAAAAAGUGGAAAAACUGGCCUUAAUAUUUUCAAAGAAGUGCCAAUCCAUUUAAUUCAAACAGGAUAGCAUUUCUUUUACAGUACAGAAUGAAACUGAUGUUCUUGCUAACAGUUAUUACAAUUUGAAACUCUGCAUACAGAACAAACAUAUUUGCUGACUUGAGAUUGUAAAAUCCCUAGUAAGUGGAAACAUUUUGGUUCCCCAUCACAAAUAGCUUGCUUUUCUUAAGUUUAGUUGUGUAUUUUGUAAUGUUAUUGGUAAUUUGUAACCAAAGCAAAAUGUAACUUGUUUUACAUCUGCUGUCUGAUGCAAUUAUAACAAAAAAAUGCUAUUUUAAGAUGAAAAUAUAGAACACUGGUUGAGCCUCAGCUGAGAUUUUGUGGCCGAAGCAAGGAUAAAGACUGGAGGAAGGAUGUCAAGGCCUUGGAAAUGGGGCUGAGGUGAUUUACUAGAAAGGUCUGAGAAAUGAAAGACAUCAGUUUCUUGAGUCCCAGGGAACCUGGGAUAUUUCUCCUUAAAGCUCAGAAGGUUAAAAGCAGAUUUGAUGAAGGGUUUUGAUGGAGUAGAUGAGGAAAAAACUCACAAGUAAAUGGGCCAAAAGUCACCAGUUAAAAGUAAUUGGCAAAAGAAUGACAUGGACAGAAACAAAAUACCGAAUUUUGUCAUGAUCUGAAAUGCACUAGCUGGAAGAGUAGAAGCAGGUUCAAUAGCACCUUUCAAAAGAAAGUGGAUAAAUGCUAGAAUCGGAAAAGCUUGAGUUGAGGAGCUAUGGGGUUUGAGCAAGAGAAUAGGAUUAAUUGGCUAUCUCUUUCAAAAAGCCGCUAUCGCUUUCAAAAAGCCAGGAUGAGCUAAAUGCCCUCCUUCCAUGUUGAAUGAUUUUAUGACCAAGAAAACAUUGUAAAUGCAGAGUAAAAAUCAUUUCAUUUUAAGAAUUUCUAGUGUUUUUAUAUUUUUCUGGAUGGAAAAUGUUUAUAGGUUUAAACUGCUUUCAUUUUAGGAUCAAUCCGAAUAGUUGCGCAAAACAACUUUGUAUUGUUGGGAUUAUGUGAUUGCUAUGUUAUUGAAGUACAUUAUUGUUUGGAAUUCUGGUUAAGAAGUAUGUGCUGGGAAGUGGUAAAGAUUGAAACCAUAAAGUGCGAUUCAGAACACCUAAGGGUGUUUCAUCAUUUUGGUAUUUUAAGGUCUGUUAAAGCAUCUAACGACGAUUUUCAGAGAAAAUUGAAAGAAAAACUCAUUCAAUUUUAACUUGAAAAAUAAUUGAUCUUGUUGAGAUCUGAGUGUUUCACUUAUUGUUGGGGAGCCAGCAAGGGAUCCAUGCUCCCUCUUUUCGGGAAACUCCCUGAACAACAAGCCAAUAAGGCAAUGACAAGGUCACUCGUGGGCUUUGCCCUCCAAUCAAGUCCCUUGAGGGUAGACGUCUUGUCUACUGCAUGACUGGGAAGGUAGUGGCUGCUGCAAGAAAAAGACCAAUCAAGUUCUUCAAGAUCACAGAGUAGCCGGAUCACAUAAGUAAUUCAGGGGUUUGCAGGUGAGGCAUGGGGAAAAAGGUAUGGAAUUUCAGCAGCAAGGGCAGGCUGUGCCUCCCUGAGCCCCUCCACCUGAUGUCCAGUCCUUCGAUUAUAUACUUAAUACCUUUAGAACCAGAGGUCUCCCUCCUGCCACUUGAUGUAGCAAGCUGACAACAGUCUCAGCUGCCACUGGGUUUGUACCAGCAAUGUGAGACAUGGCUAUUAAUUGACCACUUAAGAGUCUCAAUUUGUAGCAGGUCAGAAAGGUCAACUGUGGGCUUCCCCACCCAGAACUCUGGAAGAAGUCUGGAAGAAAUAGGAAAGGAGUUGGGCUGAAGUACACCACUAACUUGCUUAAUUACAUACCCUUUCCACCUUCAAAUCUUCCCCUGGCAACUUUACCUCACCAUGUGAGGAAGUACAAUCCAAAUUUUCCUUCAUGUUAAACUGCUCCAGGGACUGCCAGCCUGAUUAUCUACUUGUUAUUUUUUUGUUGAAGGAGGCAGAUUUCAUUUUCCAUCAAGUGCUUGCGUGAGAGCAAUGAACCAUGUGGAGAACUCUGAUAUAUCAAUUCCCAAAGGGAUGAACAGAACUCAACUCCACCAGGAAUCUCCCCUGUAUCUUCCAUUUCAUUGUUUUCUGUUUCAUUUUUUUCUGGUGGGCAAGGGCCAAAUGAGAUCUAGUGGCUGAUCACCCCUGGAGGUUGGCACUUUGCACCCUCUGUUGAGCUUGAUGGAAUUCAAGUAUCAAGUCUUUGAGGGGAAGGUGAUUGAUCCCCCAAAGGAAUUGCCCACAAGAACUUGAUGGCUCUGUACAGAAGUGAACGCAUUCUAUCAGACCCCAUUUUGUUUCCCCUCCACCGCUAAAUAACAUUGCACCGUUUUGAAAAUACAUUUUAUUCAAUGUGUCUAUGUGGAUACAUGUGGCCAGCCUGGUCAUCAAGUCAUGAUAAUUUGGGCCAGACUUUCAGAGGCAGGUUGAGAUUCUGUUCCAUCAAAUUUGGGGUGGAAUGAACCUGCGUAAAUCUGUGUCUCCCGUGUUGUUUCAAUAUGUAGAAAUCUGGACCUCCUUUCUCUAAGGGGCUGAGAAUGUUAAGUCAUUUGAAAUUACAAGAAUGAGACUGAUUGAUAGAUUUUAGUUAGGUUAGAGAUUUUGUUAAUGCCUCUAACAUUGAGGAAAAGACAAGUAAACAGAAUAGCGAUAUAGUUUGGCCAUUCUUUAUACGUUGGCAGAAAAGUCUCAAGUCUGCAUGGCUUACUAAUGUUCCAACAUUUAGUGUUAGAAUCAGUUCCAAGUCUUUGUUUAUUAUAACAUACUUGAGGAUAUAUUCACAUUUAUUUAAGUUUGUUUUAAAUGAUCUAUGCAAUACUUAAGAAAUGAAUCCGGUUAACUUUAGAAUAAUGCCAAAAAAAGUGACAAAAGCUAAUUGUAAAAUUUGAAUAGCAAUUUUUCCACAUUAAUACAUACAAUAUAUUUGCAAAUCUCUCAUCUUUACUCAUUUGGAGAAAUGAAAUUGGGUGCAGCCAUUUUUUGAUUGUUCACACAUAGCUACACUCAAUAAUUGGAGGUGUGGUUGAGAGUAUGUAAUCUCUAAAGUAUUGAUGUGACAAUUCUUAAAACCAAAGAUCAGGGAAGAGUGUAUGGUCUACAAUUAAAUGACAGUACACUUGUUCUUCAGAUUGGUUAUUAUAUUAGACUUCUCACAGUGUUAGCAUGCUUGUGGUUAAAUCAAGAGGUUAAGCAUAUAACCUCGCUGAUGUUUCAGUCCUGUAUGGUAUUGUUUUUAAGAAGUGCACUUCCCAUGGGACACUAAUCCAAGGCCCCCAUCUGCUCUAUCAGGUGAAUCUAAAAGAUCCGAUAGCACUAUUCAAAGAGGACCAGUAGAUUUCCAUGUCCUGGCUAACAAUCCGCUUAAUCAACAUCACUGAAGCAGAUGAUCUGGUCAUGAAUUUCAUUGCUGUUUAUUAUGAGACUUUACUUUGAGCAAAGUUGUUAUGAAGAAUUCUGCACAUUCUGUACUAAUGAAUACACUUCUAAACUACUUGUCCCAGAAGCAUGUUGGGAUGUCCUCAUGUUGCAAAAGGAAUAUAAAAUGCAAACUCUUACUUUCUGAUCAGAUCUAUGCAGUUUGUUCCACUUGGUGCUUAUUGGCAGUGGCCUCUUAACCAGAGAGAUAGCAAUUCAAAUUGUGUUUAGCAAUUUUUUGAUUGUUAUCAUGUGCACAUAACCUAAAUAGUGCAGGAGUGCUUUCCAGCUAAAAAUUGACUGCCCUUUUCAUAUUGCUGAAGAUACUCUGCCCUGAAAUUACUUUAAUAUAUCUCCAAAAAAAAGCUAAAUACUAGAAGUUUUAUUUAGCAAACUAAAAGAUGAAAAUAUUUCUAAACUGUGUGUAGUCAAUAAGGUAAACAGAUGGUAGGAUACUUUUAGAUUUAGAUAAGAAAUGAAGCAACCAGCAGCAGCAAGCUCGAAAUUAUUCCAUCGUUUAAUGAAAAUAUACAGCAAAUUCUGUAUCAGCCAAAGGCCUUGAAACUUAGCUUUGAAAUUCUUCAUCAUGGAAACAAUAUCAGAGAUAAUAGAUUGGUGAACAAAUUUGGCACUGAACUGGAGUUCAUUUUGUAUAACUUAACAGUUGAGGUGAUUAAAGCUGUGAAUAAAGAUUUGUGUAAUAAAUAUUCCAGCUGUACUGAGAAAUAUUUUCUACUCCACAUUCUGUUCUGCUACAGCUUUUUGAGUCUGGAUGUCUGUUUCUUAGUCAGGAAGUAGAAAGUGCAAUAGAUUAAUGUUUGGCCAUUAGAUACGCAACCAAAUCUGAUUAGAUUUUAUUGCUUGCAAAUUUAAUUGAUUUUUUUUAAUGAGUUGUUGAACGUACAUUUAUUGUAGGAUUAUGUCUUAAUUUACCUAUGCUCCCCAAGAAAGAGUCUUACAAAAAGUGCAAAUAAUAGCUCUUACUUAAAAUACAGGUUUUUGUGAAUCUACCAUAAACAUUUAAUAUUUAGAGAUAUUUUCUGCAAGUUGAGAAGGGUUGACUCUUUUUUUCCCAAUUUAUAUUGCUUUUGUUUAAUUUAGCCCAAAUAACAGAUCUGAUGCCAAGUAAACCUGCUGUAUUAAAAAAGAACCUUUGCAGUCAAGACGGCUAUUUUACAUUUCACAAUUACUUCAACUCUGUUCCCUAAAAAUCAGGAAUAGUUAUUUCUAUUUUAAGCAAUAAGGUAAUUUUUAAAACACAUAUAUUUAAUCUAUUUCCAACCUGUUACCCCUAAACCAUUUUAAAAUAUCACUUUCUUCACCAUAAUUAGCUUUCUAUUCUGCUGCUUAAAUAUCUCAGGAAGUUGUACAAUAUUGCUAUCCAAAUGCAGAUUUUUGUACGUUAAAACAAACAUGUGUCCUUGCUCUUUUUAACAGUCUACAUAAAAGAUAGGAACACUCUCCUUUCUGUAGAUUGUCACAUGAAUGAAUGCAUAUUAUUACUAUUGUUCUACUAACAGUGCUUUGAUGAAUAUAUGAUGUCUCUGGACCCCAUACUCUGAUUACAUUAUUUUAAGGUUGGAAUUUUAGCAUUUAAAGUAUUAAUUCAACAAAGAACCUGUCAGGUGAAAGUACAAAACUUUUAAUAAUAAAUACUAGCGCAAAUGUGUGUACAACAUUCUACAGGGAAAUCAGAAUACAGUCUCAUCCAAAUACCUCUUCAUUAUAUGCAAACAUAUUUCACUUUGUCACCGAGUCAGAAACCUGGAAUGAAAAUUGGGCAGAUUGUACAGAGGAAAUUUGCUUUGGAAAGUUACCAUCUAGCUAGAAGGUUGAAAAUUGCCCUCCCUGGUAUAUGAGAUUGCUACAGUUUUAUAACUACAUCUAAUAUCGAUCACACGUUAAAUAACCAGGAAUAAGUAUCUUGGGUUUUUAUUUUAGAAAACAAUGUUUUCCUUGUUAAAUUAUUCCAAGUGAUUUUCCUUCCAAUCUUAUGGCUGCUAUAUCAAUCCAACAAUCAUAAAAAGGGGAACCAAAUGGUUGAAAGAAAUAGAAAUAUUUACUGCAGACAACGUGCACCAAACUAUGAAAGACUUGGUAUGCUUAGUUUGCCAGUACUUGGCCAAACCAAAUCUCAGCAGGGUCUCAAUAACCCCGACUUCAGAAGGUCUUGUGCCCAGAUUCCUGCUCUCAAUCGCAACAACAACUCCUGUGAGAAGUUUUCACACAUGUGUGGUAAACUAGGUUUAAGAUUUGCUGUGACCCCUUUUCAUCCAGAGACAGUCAAUUGAAUAGUAGCACAUAAAAUAAAGCAUUUGGAAGAAAUGCCCAAAAAAGGUGCCAAAUGGAAUUGUAUCCCAGCAAGGAAUCGCAUGCCUUAAGGAAAGGUGAGCAAAAUGUAAUUAUUUUGUUUAAUGUCAGUCACACCGUGAUACCGGGAGUUGGGGAAUAGCACUAGGUGAAUUGCUCAUUCAGCGAGUCAGUGCAGACACAGUGGGCCAAAUGGCCUUAUUCUGUGCACAACAAUUCUGCAAUUCCAUGUUACAUUGCAGAUUAAUUAAUUAGACUAUUCAUUAUCUGUUUUUACACAGUCUGCAUUUGAGGAUUUUGCAUUUCUGCUUGCAGCGUCAUGUGUUGGCAGGAAUUUUCCAAAUACCAACUAUUUCCAUUUCAUAAAUUGUACUUAAUUUCUAGUCUGCGUUAUGAAGUUCAGCCUGGUAUUCUGAUCAAUAUUAUUUGUGAAUCAGAAAUAAGCACGACAGUUCCUUCAUGUGAAAUGUGUGCUAAAUAUACAAACUGAUGAGAAUUGUUUAGAUCUCAUUAACUUUGAAAUUUAAACAGAAAACGGGGAAAAUACUCAGCAAGUCAGCAAUAUCUGUGGAUAAGUGGAGAUUCUCUCUCCAUGGAUGCUGCUUGACCUGGUCAGUAUUUCCAGUAUUUUCCACUGCUUCUGCAGUUGUUAGAAAUUUGAAAUGUUUUACCCUUUGUCUUAAGUCUGUCUUUUUAAAAUCCUUUGUGCAAUUCUCUAAUUAUUUGUAUCUUUUAUGUUUACUUGCCCUCAUAAAGAAAAAAUUCCGUGAUGAUCACAGGAAGAGAGAAAUUGUUAAACUGGACCAGAGUUCUCCUAUGUUCAGGACUAUGUUUUCUACACUCUUGAUCCUGCCAACAUGAAAUGAUUCUACAAUGCAGUUUAACAUUGAAAGCAAUGAAUUGUUCUUUUACUUGUAUUUAUAUAGCACUUUUAAUAUAAAGCAUCCCAGGGUGUAUUAAAUAAAAUUUGAGAUUGUGAUAUGUAAGGCAAUGUUAAAAAAGUUUGGUCACAAAGAGUUAUUCAACAUCUUAAAGCAAAUGUAGAGUCAGAGACAUUUAUAUGAAUGCAAUUUCUGAAUUUAGGGCCUGAAGAGGUAACAGCACUGCCAGUAAUAGGUUGAUUAAAAUCAGGAAUAUUCAAGAGAUCAGGAUCUCCAGAGGAUUGAAGGAAUGGAAGAGAUUAAUACAGAAAUAGAUAACAAUUAAAGCAAAAGCAGAGGACACCAUAGAAGGAUUUGAAAUCAAGAAUAACAAUUUCAUUUUGGAUACUAGGAACCAAUAAAGAACAAAGAGUAUGGUGAGAUGGGGGGUGGUGGGGGGUUGCUGGUGUAUUGAAACUUGAAUCAAGUUAGAACAGAGGCACCAGAGAUUUGGAUGACCUCAGAUUUGCACAGGGUACAGGGGCUGGUCUGAAGUAUGCAAGAUAGUCGUCAGGAGCUAACAAAGGCGUGAACGAGUGUUCUAGCAUCAGUAAAGCUGAGAUGAAGGUGGGGUUGGGCGAUGCUAGUUCACGUGUGGUAAGGAACUCAGUAAGAAGUUGAAGGUAGCUCAAUGGCAUAGAAGACUAAAGAUUAUUGAUCAACACUACUUUUUACAAAAAUGCAGCCAUGUCUUUAGUAUAGAACCUGUGAAAACUAUAUAGUCCUACACAACAUAACAUGCUCCACUCCACAAUUUCCUCCUUUCCAAUAUUUCAAGUUUCUUCCAGAUGGUCAGGAAUUGUUUUGAUAAUUUGAAGAGCUACAAUUCCCAGUCUCAACAUGCAGAUGGUUCAAUUAUCCACCAUCAACAAUAUCAAAUAGGAGCCAAGAUUGAAGAUGGCAAGCAAACAAGCUCCAAGAACCUAGGGUAUUAGAGAGAUAGCAGUGGUUAUGCAAAAGGGGAGGGGAGGACGAAUUGCCAAAGUGAACAAGGCUAAACAAGAUAAUGAAAGAAUGGCAGCCAAAGCUGAGAAGGAUGGGAGAGAUUAUUUUCCACACAAUUAUGCAUUCUAGUUUAGCAAUCAAGAACUGAUAUUGAUCAACCAGCAGCAAUUUCAAGAAAUUAUGAAAAAUCUCAAUUUUUCAAAUUGUCAUAGUAAGAGAAUUUCACUUAUGAUUGUUUUGUACAUCACUUAGACCAAAGGGGUUCAUAAUAAUGGCAUUGUCUCAAGUUGCAUUUAGAAUCUCAGAUGGAACAAAAAUGGACCCUUUUUUCUUUCCCUAGAGAUGAAACCGUUUAAAAUUUGACAGUAACUAAGCAGUCUCAAAAGAUAAAUCAUCUGAGGUGCAAAUUUCACAUUAUUGCAAAAAUGGGUGCCAAAGUUGAGGGAGCCUGUUUUAUACAUGUAAAUAUACAUGUAAAGCAGUUUAAACAUAGUUGAGAGACACUUGGAGAUAGCAAGAACUGCAGGUGCUGGAGUCCGAGAUAACAGUGUGGAGCUGAAGGAGUACAGCAGGCCAGGCAACGUCAGAGGAGCAGGAAAGUUGACAUUUUGGGUGGGACCCUUCUUCAGAAAUAAGCAUUUCUGAAGAAGGGUCCCGACCCAAAACAUCAACUUUCCUGCUCCUCUGAUGCUGCCUGGCCUGCUGUUUUCCUCCAGUUCCACACUGUAAUAUCUAUGAGAGACACUUGAUCUGUUUUGCAUCCUGUGUUGGCAUUGUCCAGUUACUACUGUAUUUAACAUUCUUUACUACUGUUCAAAGAUAUAACUAUUAUGUCAAAGGACAAAGAUUUUUGUACUGUACUUGUGAUCUGUAAAUAUCUGACACUCUAUUGUAUGGAUGUGGGGAUUCUAAUUUACCACUGUAGUCUUUGAACAAAUUGUACGAAAAUGCUGUAUAAAAUUGGUCAUCAGUGUUUCUGAAGUUACUGAAAUGGGUAAGAAUGUCUUUUUAAUAGUGUGCUAUUGAAAAAUCUGAAUAAAAAUAUUUUUAUUAAAACUAA